CAUAGUUAUGACGCAAUAUCGAAAAUGCGCGCGUUUUUUUAAUAGGCCGUGCCACUGAACAGAAGCGUUGUUAACGAUUAUUUAUUGUUAAUCGAUAUGGCUUGCAGGAGAGGUGCUCUGAUUGUUUUGGAAGGGGUGGAUAGAGCUGGGAAGACCACGCAGUGCCAAAAACUUGUUCAGACACUGCGAAUGAGUGGCAAGAGCGCAGAAAUGAUUCGCUUUCCAGACAGGUCAACAGAGAUUGGAGAGGUCAUAAAUGCCUACCUAGACAAGAAGAGUGACCUGGAAGACCACACUGUUCACCUCCUCUUUUCUGCGAACCGCUGGGAGAAAGUGCCCUACAUCAGGAGAAGGUUAGAACAAGGAGUGACGUUGAUUGUGGACAGAUACGCGUUUUCAGGUGUGGCCUUUACAAGUGCUAAACCAGGCUUUAGCCUCGAAUGGUGCAAGAAUUCUGACAUAGGCCUCCCAAAGCCAGACUUGGUGUUCUUUCUGCAACUGGAUCCAUUCAGUGCUGCACAACGUGGAGAGUUUGGAGCUGAACGAUAUGAAACAAGUGACUUUCAAACGGCCGUUCAGCAGCGUUUUGACCAUCUGCUUUUAGAUGCCAGUAUAAAUUGGAAGGUGAUUGAUGCUUCUCAAAGUAUUGAAGAUCUGCAUUCACAAAUUAGGUCUUAUAGUGAAGAUGUGAUGGAACUCGUAGCCAGACAGCCAAUUGGAGAGCUGUGGAAAUAAAGGUUUUACUUCAGAAACAUGCAUUUCUGGUUUCUACUGGAGCUUAGAGAAGACCAUGGUUUUCCAAUAAAUCACCCCCAGAUGUGACCAAGUCAAGGUUCAGCAUCUUCUCUGCAUUUACUCCUGAUGGACUAUCGUUGCCAAAAUCUUGGAGGUACUUCAGAUGAGCUGUUUUUGGGUCCAGUGGAGUUGCGUUUUUUUUUUUUUGUGACCCUUUUUAUCAGUUUUAAACAACUUUACCUUGCAAAUAGCGGUAAAUGCAAAUCUUACUAAACAAUUUCUGUUCCAUUGUAUUGCACAAUGAGUUUAAAACACUCUAUAUAUCAAACUACCCCUUAACAGACAUUACUACAAUGCAAUUAUCUAUGUAAAUGCUCAUAAUGGAAGUUUUUA